AUGGACCAUCAGAGAACACAGCCGCGCCCAAGCGGAAUACCCCGGUUGGCUUCCAGACUCCCGUUGCCGACAUCAUCCGCUUCGAAGCCCAUCAGACCUUCGCCCUCUCGCGAAAAGUUACGAACAGACCCGGGUCUCGACAAUUCCAGAUUACGCAGGCCGUCGGAAGAUCCUGUGUUCAAGAAGCCACUUCCAAAAUACCCGCCGAACAGAACUCAGAAUGGUCUACAGCAGAGAAGAGACAUCUCUCGCGCUGGGAGAAGUGACAGCGGAAGAUCGGCACUCGAAGAGAUAGUGACCAACGAGAACGAAGCCAUAGAAAUGGAGACCGAAAGCAUUGCUGAGGAUGCGGAGGCGCGAGGUCGCGCGCGACCUUCGUUGUCGGAGCGGACAAUCGAGACUCUAUCGCAAAUCCCCCCGUCCCCCGCCUCCUCCAGAAAGUCUAGCUUUUUCAAUGCCAAAAGCCCGAUUCGUUCGCCUUCUCGACCGCCGUCCUCUCUUACCAGCUACUCGCGAUCGCCAUCUAGAUCAUCAUCGCGCCAGCCAAGCGGAAAUGACUUCCUCUCGCAGCCGGCGUCGGCUAUUCGGCUGCCGUCGAGGCCUCGCUCAUCAUUGUCGGCCAACAACAUGCCAACUGAACACGGCUCCCUGGACUUCAACGACAGUCCUUCAAAGCUGAGGAGGCCGUCUCCAAAACCAAGUGCGUAUGGCGAUGUGACCCCCACAAAGUCAAUCCGACCACCCUCCACUAGAGUUCCUGAUAACUCUGGUAUGGAGACCCCGCGACAAUCUAUUCAAGUGAAGAAAACACGGAAGACUCCAACGAAUACGCCGUCCUUCUUGAAGAAGCCAGCUUCGACCACAGUUAAAUCGCCAUCACCUAAGCCACGUCCAGCUGACCUAUCGGAAGAGCAACAAUCAGAGAUAGAGACCAGGAAAGUUGCCAAGUCUUCAAAUGCAUUGAGAGAAACGAUCGCAAAAGCCAAAGCGGCACGGAAAGCGGCCAUGCAGACCACUUCCAAACCUGCGUCUCAGGAGUCUUGGGAUGUACUUGAUACGGCAGACCCGUUCAACCAAGGGCCAAAAGAUCCGAACAAAGGUGUUCUGCGGAAGCGAAUUGAAACGGGCCGGACUUCAGGACACCUAAACAUUGCGGCGAUGUCUCUCAAAGAACUCCCCCAGGAAGUCAUGACUAUGUACGACUUUGAUCCCGACUCGUCCACUGACUGGUACGAGAGCGUUGACCUGGUCAAGUUCAUUGCAGCGGACAACGAGUUCACUGAGCUUCCGGAUUCGGCGUUUCCUGACACCGAUCCCUCCGACUUUGACCCGGAAGUUGAUGAAAAAGGAAACCAAUUUGGUGGCCUGGAGCUCCUUGAUUUGCACGGAAACCUGCUGCAGUCUCUGCCGAUAGGGCUCAGAAGGCUUCAACGACUCCACACUCUCAAUCUUUCCAACAAUAACCUGAAAAUGGAUGACAUAGCUGUGGUGACGGAGAUGGUGUCGCUUAGAGAUCUACGGCUGGCAAAGAACCAGUUACAAGGGGCCCUCACUUCAGAUAUUGGUCGCCUGACCAACCUGGAAUCCCUAGACCUGCAUGAGAACUCGCUUGUUGCGCUCCCUGACGAAAUCGCAGAGCUGUCUGCCCUCCGAAUUUUGAACGUGGGCAGUAACCAACUCACCUCGUUACCUUUCGAUGCUUUAAGCAGACUUCCGAUCAAAGACCUUAGUUCUCCCAAGAACAAGCUGGCGGGAACCUUGAUACCAGGUUCUGUAACCAAACUCGAGACGUUGCAGAAUCUUGAUGUGGCUGGAAAUGCUCUCACUGCGCUCUCGGAAAAUGAUACGCUUGAGCUUCCUAACCUGCAAUGGAUCUCAAUCAGCAUAAACCGCAUACAGAACCUGCCAAAUGUGGCUUCGUGGCAGUCACUUUUGACUCUAUCAGCCGAGGAUAAUCGCCUAGCCGCUUUUCCGGAUGGGUUUGUUGAACUGAAAAACAUACGGAAUGUGGACUUUACUGGCAACGAUAUCUCAAAAUUAGAUGAGAGGAUCGGUCUGAUGGAGAGUCUAGUCACGCUUCGGAUAGCCAACAAUCCCCUGAGAGAACGAAAGUUCCUGAACAUAAGCACAGAGGAGAUCAAGCGCGAUCUGCGGAAUCGAUGCGAACCGGAAACGUUGGAUACAGAUGAUGAGGGCUCUGUUGCAACGCAGUUCACUCUAGCACCAGAGUCUCCGUCCCAAACGGCCGCCUGGCAGAUCAAACGAGGGGUCCUCGACAGGUCACACACUGACAUGCAGGAGCUCGAUCUUCACGAACUGGAGAGAUUGGACCCCGAAGAAGUCAAGUGUCUAUACCUGCAACACAACCAACUGCACACCAUUCCUAUCCAAGCGCUGAACUUCCUGUCGCUUAGCCUGAUAGAUCUGGAUCUGUCCCACAACCCAUUAGAGGCCAAUGCUGUCCAAUCUCACAGCUCCGUCCUUGAAUGUCCUUGA